AUGGCGUAUAUGUGCACCGACAGUGGGAACUUAAUGGCCAUAGCUCAACAACUCAUCAAACAGAAGCAGCAACAACAGCAAGAGCAACAAGAAGACGAACAACAACAGAGUCUCUGGCCCAAUCAAUCCUUAGGGUACGCUCUUCCCGGUUCGGGUUUCUCCGACCCGUUUCAAUUGAUCGGAGAUCCGGUUUUCCAAUUACCUCACCUUGAGCACCAAAACGCCGGGGUUAGAUUUUCCGACGGAGAGUUCGAGUCCGACGAGUGGAUUAAGAGUUUGAUCAACGGCGGAGAUGCAUUGCAGACCGAUCCCGACUUCGCAAUCUACGGCCACGAUCCAUUCCCGAGUCGUCUCAGUGUUCCGUCGGAUCUUAACCGAGUCAUUUACUCAGAGAAGGAUGACUCAGCGAGUCAGCCGCCGGUUUCCAGCACUCUGUGGGCUUCAUCUCCGCCUUCAGCACAACAUCCUCCUCCUAUGUCUUCCUCUCCGCCGCAGGUAGUGACUAAGGAGCCGGAUUUUGACCUAGACCGGCCGAUUUUGAAAGCUAUCCACGACUGUGCAAGCAAAUCCGAAAUCGAACCGGAAACGCUGAUUCGGAUCCGAGAAUCUGUAUCGGAGCUAGGUGACCCGGCUGAGAGAGUUGGGUUUUACUUUGCGGAAGCUCUGUUUCCCGAAUCCACGGCGGCGGAGAAGGAAAUGGAGGAAUCGUCGUCGGUAGAAGAUUUCAUCCUUUCUUUUAAAACGUUAAACGACGCUUGUCCAUACUCCAAAUUCGCUCAUUUCACGGCGAAUCAAGCGAUUCUAGAAGCUACGCAUAAAUCCAGCAACAUUCACAUCGUCGAUUUUGGGAUUUUUCAAGGUAUUCAAUGGCCUGCUCUAUUGCAAGCUCUGGCGACCCGAGCUUCUGGAAAACCCGCCCGAAUCCGGAUUUCGGGUAUUCCCGCUCCGUCUCUCGGCGAAUCACCGGGACCGUCUCUGAUCGCUACAGGAAACCGCCUCAGAGAGUUCGCGACUUUUCUCGAUCUGAAUUUCGAGUUUCAUCCGAUUCUGACUCCGAUCCAUUUGCUGAACGAGGCGAGUUUCCGGAUCGAAUCGGACGAGGCUCUCGCCGUGAACUUCAUGCUGGAUCUCUACAAGCUUCUCGACGAAACGGCGACCACCGUCGACACUGCCCUCCGUCUCGCCAGAUCACUAAACCCGAGAAUCGUCACUCUCGGUGAGUACGAAGUGAGCUUAAACCGGGUUGAAUUCGCCAACCGGGUUAAGAACGCCCUCCGGUUCUAUUCCGCGGUUUUCGAAUCACUCGAACCGAAUUUGGAGCGAGACUCGAAAGAGAGGCUGAGACUGGAGAGAGUGUUGUUCGGUAGGAGAAUAUUGGAUUUGAUCAGACCGGAUAAUAGUAAACCGGGAAUCCGGUCAGAGCGAAUGGAAGAGAAAGAGCAAUGGAGAGUAUUGAUGGAGAAAGCCGGGUUUGAGCCGGUUAAACCGAGCAAUUACGCGGUUAGCCAAGCGGAUCUGCUUCUAUGGAACUACAAUUACAGCACAUUGUAUUCACUUGUCGAAUCGGAUCCAGGUUUCAUCUCCUUAGCAUGGAACAAUGUACCACUCCUCACGGUUUCCUCAUGGCGUUGUUGA